CCGCAGAAAACAAGUAUUUUUCCCGCUUUAAAUCAUAUUUCUCGUACACAUCGCCCCGGAUAUUUUAUACAAAAUGGAUAAGUUGGAUAGAUUUCAAAAGCUGUCCAAAGCCGGAGAAGGAACUUACGGGGUGGUUUACAAAGCGAAAAACAAGGUGACAGGCAAAAAAGUCGCUCUCAAGAGGAUCAAAUUGGAAAAGUUUUACCACAAAGGAGAUUCCGAAGGGGUACCUCCGACAGCGAUACGAGAGAUUAGUUUACUUAAAGGACUCCGUCAUUCGUCUAUCGUUGAACUUAUAGAUGUUAUGCAAACGACUGACAAAUUGUACCUGGUUUUCGAAUACUUGGAUUUGGAUUUAAAGAAAUAUUUGGACUCCCUUAGGGCCCCUAUGGAAGCCGAAUUAAUCAGGAGUUACAUGAAGCAACUAUUGGAUGCCCUGUCUUAUCUCCACUCACACAGAAUCCUCCAUAGGGAUUUGAAGCCGCAGAAUUUGCUGGUAGAUCGCGAAGGGCACAUUAAGUUAGCGGAUUUCGGUUUAUCCAGGUCGUUUUCACUCCCGACUCGAACAUACACUCACGAAGUCAUAACCAUCUGGUAUAGAGCCCCGGAGUUGCUCUUGGGUACUAAAAUGUACUGCCCCGGUAUAGAUGUUUGGAGCUUGGGAUGCAUUAUGGCCGAAAUGUUAACAAGGAAGGCUUUGUUCCCGGGUGAAUCGGAAAUCGAUCAAAUGUACAGGAUUUUUAAAAUAAUGGGAACACCGACCGAGGAAAAUUGGGAAGGUGUUUCUUUGUAUCCGGAUUACAAACCGACGUUUCCUAAAUGGCCGGCGGUGAACUUGAGUAGUAUAAUUAAAUUUCAUAAGCAGGAAGAGGAAGAUUUUCUAUUGCUAAUGUUGACUUACAAUCCUGCGAAACGCAAGACCGCAAAAGAGCUACUUAAAUCUAGUUAUUUAAAGGGCACUAAACUUACUUCACCAGAUUUGGACGUUUUUCCUUCAGAUGAUGAAAAGUCUGACUAAUAAAAGUUUUUAUUAAAAUAUAUUUUAUAAGAAUAAAGUGAAUUAAAA